AUGGAGCGCAUUGUGACUUUAGUCGUGGAAGGACGCGAGAUUUCCGUUGCUUUGCAUGCCCUCCUUAAAGCGUCUUCCUGUCUUGCCAAUCCUUUCCUAGUGGACCCAACGAGUGAGCGGUCCGUACUCUGUUGUACUUCAUAUGCUGCUGUAGACGCGCUGUUGAAAAGCUGCAUCGCUGGCGACAACACUCUCUUGGAAAGCAUCUGGAGGGGUGAUUGGCCGCAUGGGCUCAGUGGUCUAUUGCAACUAUUGGAGAUGUGCAUUUGCUUUGAUGUGGGUGCCUUAACGCUUGAACGAACGAUUGAGUCGCUGGCGAAGCACGUUUACCCUGGCAACGUCGUCCGCGUCUUGCAAACCUGUCUUGCUCACGUGUUUGACGAUCACAAUGACGACAAAACGCAUUUGCGCCUCUUGAAAGAAGCAUGCUACCGUUCCCUUCCCCCAAUAUUGCGCUCCACUGAGGAAGCCGCGGCGUGGGAGGCGCUGAAGUCGCGGUACAGCCAGCGACUGGUGACCUUGGGUUUUGUUUCUCCCACACCCUCAAUCGAUGCAUCCUGGCGCUGUUGUUCAUGGCAGCCGCCACGCUUGCGGAAGCCUAACGUAGAAGAGCUUCCCGAUGCAAAGAUACGGGACCCGAAUUCGCGGCACCUGGCGUUGAAGGUUUCACAAGGAGACAAUGAACUGGAGGAACUGCGCACGCCAUGUUGCACGUCAACGUCGGUCGCUAUUGAGGAGCAGCGAGGUGCCGCUGAGAAGGCCACGAGGGAGGCCAGCGCUGCGAGUAAAGCCCUUGAAAUGGCGCCACACCGCCUCUGCGGUACCUGCGUGGGGGCCAACGACAGCGAGGAAUUGGCGCGACAGUGUCAUCUUCUUCUGCAAGCAAUGGAUGAGACAUUUUUGCGCGCUGAUGAAGAACUCUUGUGCAAUCUUGCUGCGUUGCACCCUUCUGAGGUCGUGCGCCGUUCGCUCAUCCAAGUCUAUGAAGGGAGAGAGCAGGAACGGUUUCGACUAGAUGCGUCGAUCGCGCUGGGCGAGGCUCGGCUGCGGGCAGUCCAACGGGAGCUACAUGCCGUGGAUGUCUCUGUAGAGCGAUUGAACGAUCACUUAAAAAGUUUAACUGUGUAUUAA